CAGGACGGUGUAUACUUAUAUACUACUCCGAGGUCCCGCCCAAGAAAGUCUUUGCUUCUUCUAAUCAAAGCGAUUCUUAGUCGCAGCAGGCAGCCAAUUGGCAGUAGCUGGUUGCCAACUAAACCGGACGGGGCAGGGGAGAGACGCAUCCAGCACCGAAAGGGCGUGAGAAACGAGGGCGUGUGUUGGCCGAGCUCCCGCCUCCUAUCCUCCUCUACCUCCAUCUCUUUUGACGACGGGCGAGAGGGCCACGUCGCUGUGGUCCGGCUAGUGUGCCAUGGCAACCAAUGGAAUGGAUUACAUGGAAGAGGGGGAGAAUGUGCCCAACACCAAAGAGGUAUUCCAGGGGUUACAGGGGGUAUUAGAGAGACUGCGAGGGGAGACGUUUACAUGGGACGAGGACAUCAACUUUGUCCAGGAGACUCUGGCGGACCCUGAUUUCCUGCAGCUGUGUGAGGUCAACGAUGGAGUCGCAGAGUCUCAGAGCUUUGAGCAGCCCGUGGCCAGCCUGGAGGACGCUAUGAAAGAGGUGUUUGAAUCUCUCCAGAUGCAGAGUGACGAGGAGAGAGACCUGCACACAACACUGAGUCGGCCUCACAUGCAGAAGCUCAUGUCCGUCCACGACAUCGUCCGUUCUCGCAGCUACGAGACGCCGGUUCCUCAGUUUGACCCCACCUGGCACCCGCAGACCAACUACGACAGACACGUUAAGAGGGGCAAAGGGAAGACCCCAGAGUACAGGACAGUGGGUCUACACAAGUCAGCCAACGAGCCACUGGGUAUAACUCUGAAGCUGGCCAGCAACCACCUGAUCAUCGCCCGCAUUCUGUUUGGAGGAAUCAUCCACAGACAGGGGCUGCUCAAGGUGGGGGACCGGAUCGUGGAGGUGAACGGCGAGAGUGUGGACUCCAUGAGCCCUUCAGAGUUCCAGGCCAUGAUGCAAAACAGCUCCGGGUCGGUGGUGAUCAAGGUGGAGCCUCGUUUCCAGGAGAACGCGGGGGCCACUGAGCUCUACGUGAGGGCCCACUUUGACUACAACCCCAAACAAGACCGACUCAUACCCUCACAGGAUGCAGGACUGCCGUUCAAGAAGGGAGAUAUCUUGACCAUCAUGAACCAGGAGGACAGCUUCUGGUGGCAGGCCAUCCGCUACGGGGAACACGACCUCGCCAAACUCAUCCCCAGUCAGAUGCUGGAGGAACGUCGCAAGGCAUACCAAACCCACGACGGAAGUACCUUUGUGAGUUGUCUCGGGAAACGCAAGCAGAAGAAGAAGAUCAUCUACUCGUCCCACCACAGUGGAGAGUUUGAGGGCUACGACAUUGUUCUCUACGAGCCCGUCCUUCUGAAGGAGAACUUUCAGUACGGCACUCUUGUACUCAUCGGUAAGUGGAUAUUG